UGCCCGCCACCUUCCUAAAUAAUUCGUGACUGUUCAAUACUUAAUUUUUCUAUUUAGCUAGAGCUAACGUUACAGUACUCAUGGAGAGAACUCCCCUGAAUAUUUUUUUAAGAGACUCAUUUAGCGCAAUUAUGUAGAAAUAUUAAUCUUGAGACUCGCUCUAGGACAACGAAACAUGUGGAGAGUACAAGGGUUUGUUGGAAGAGUUUUUAGCCGGUGCCAUGGCAACGCCCCCCUGCGCUUGUCUCAGAAUCAUCACGUGGAGGAUGAGGUCAUCCACUCCUCCACCUUCCUCUCCACCGGCCGGCACUCCCCCGACAGCAGCUCUCAGAAAGGGGAGGAUGGAGACAAGAGGUGGAAGAAGAGGACCUCUCAGUUUUGCUACGAUGGGCUCCCGCGCUACACUGCUCUGGAUGCUGUGGGCUGGGGGGCAGCUGCCGUUCUGUUGAUGCAGAUCUGUAGGAGGGUCCACUCUCAGGUCUCCUCUGGGGCCGAACCCAAUCCCAACACAGGAUGCCCGGCCGUACAGGGUACCCUGCAGAAGUUUGACUACCGCGUCCUACUGGAGAUGCUGUCUCGCUGUGAUGUGCUGCCCAGAGGGAGGAGUGUGAGCUGUCUGCCACAGAGACAGCAGGCCCAGCAACGCAGCACCAGCGGUAGUAGUAACAGCUACAGCAGCUCUGACCAGCUCCAUGGAGAGGUGAUCGCUGACAGCUUCCUCGUUGACUGUCACCACUCCUCUGGAAGAGAGGAGACGUCCUUCUCAAAGUCCUCCCAUUCUGAAGACAAACGCAGAGCCAGAAAGCGAGAAGCGCCUCCGCAGCAGAGUGAGCAGGAUGCUCUAGCAGGGGCGGCCCAGAACCUCCAGCAGGUGGCCGACUCCAGCGUUCCUGUAGUCCUCAACAUCAUCGGUCUGGAGAGUGCUCAGACUGGGGACUAUGAGGCAGCCUUCUCCUGUUUCCUGGCCUCAGCCAGACGGGGUUACUGCAAGGCCCAGUUCAACACUGGAGUCUGCUACGAGAAAGGCAGGGGAGUAGGCAAAGACGGGGAGAAGGCUCUUCACUUCUACAGCCAGGCAGCGUCUGGAGGUCACAGUCAGGCUCAGUACCGCUGUGCCAAACUCCUCCUCGGCAGCAGAGGGCAGCAUAGCACACAGCAGGACCUGGACUCAGCCAUCAGCCUGCUGCAACAGGCUGCCUCAGCUGGACUGAAAGAGGCCCAAGUGUUUCUGGGUUCCCUGUUCUCACAGGAGCCAGUCAGAGACGGCCGUAAGUCUGUGCACUACCUGAAGAUGGCAGCAGAGAGCGGAGACAGCGAGGCCCUGCUGUUCCUGGGCCAGUGUUAUGAGAGUGGGUUCGGGGUGCCUCAGUGUUUCAGAACAGCAGUAGGGUUCUAUCAGCGGGCUGCCCAGGCCGGAAACAGCCAGGCCAAGACCUUACUGACGCCCCCGUGUGGAGUGGAGGAAGAUGCCGUCCUGCGCUCUAUCCGCUCUUGUCCGUGCUUCUCCAUAGCGGACCGUCUGCGGGAACCGCUCUCCACCCUCACCUCCCCUGUCCCACCCUCCAGUGGUCCCACCCUCCCCCUCCCACACUCCUGGAGCACAGGGAGCAUGGGUCCCCCUCCCACCCCCCCCUCCCCCUCCCCCUCCACCCCCCCAGCUCUGAGGGGAACGCCGUGAGGUGGACUCUAGGUGUGGGGUAGUUAGCGCACACAGUCAUGACUUAUGAAUGUCGUUGUGAUUGGAUAAGGAUGAAAAGGGACCGCAUGGUCACAUGUUUAACCACUUGGUUGUGUCUCACUGAGGUCACUUUCUCACUGUCGGCACUUAGAACUGGAUGUGUAUGUAGCGUAUGUGUGUAUUUGGCUGUAAGUCAAUGUGUUGAGGAACGUGUGUGUGUAAGUAUGGGAGACGGCAAUACAUGUCUGAAAGACAUGCAUGUGAAAUAUGAGGUAUGGCUUUACCUGUUGACUUUUCCUCAAUACCUUUUAUUAGUGUUUUUACAAUGUAAUGC